GCUUCGUGCUACGGCUGCUCGUCACGGUCGUGAGCUAUCAUGAAGCAGACCAAGAAUACGUACUCACCAAUACAAGCUGCAGCGUACCGAGUUUCGAGCGUUCCGUCCCGCGAACAUGAUCGCGUAGACACCAUGACUCAGGUCCCGGGUUCCGAAACGAACAGCGCAAAUUGGUACCGUCGAUCGACACACGACCCACCCCACGAAAUGUGCUUGGUGCUGACGUUACUCGCAUGGUCUCGUCGGGUCGUCCGACAUCCGUACCGAGGCAGUGACAUUACUGCCACCACCGUACCUCGCAAGCGAAGUACGUGUGUUCCCUGUAUCUAUACCUAACCAAGCCCGACGAGCUGCAAUCGACCCAAUCCGGCACCUCAUGUAUCCAUUACGAACAUCAUUCGGAAUCGGACCCCGCCGUCAUUGUAUGAUAUCGCACCAAUGCUCUCUCGUCGCGUGCAAUGCAUGGUGUCCACACUGUGCGAGGCACAUGGAAAGUGCUUCGAGGCCCGUUCACGCCGGGCAUGUACCUGCUGAUCCGGCGCAGGGUUCGUUACAGCAGCCUCCGAGUCGCACCAGUGAGGACGUGCGCGUUCUCUGCCGACGCCGUUAUGGCUCGCAGCAUAGCGACAGCAGCACGCAGUGCGUUACGUCCUGCCGACCUUCAACUUGCCGUCGCGGUUGGACGUACUCGGCCACGUGCCUCGGUUGCAGGACGCGCGAAGGUUCGACUUUGCUUGUUUCCCCUUGCUCAUCCGCCUGGCCCAGUGCUAUUGCACUGACUCACACCGUCUCGGGCGUGCUGUGGCGUCUUGCAUCUCAGGCUCCUGCCUGUUGCUGAUCGACAACCGCCGUCUCCGAGUGGCACCUAGAACUGCGGCAGCCCGACUCACGACGAGGCCGAUGUCGCUGUCACGCCACGACCGCUCAGUGUGCCUCCGACGCGUACGCCCUACGGGUGCCUGCAAGUUCUCUGUACGUACGGCCAGUGCGUGCGCCGACGGCCAUCACGUAGGACGUGUGCGACCUCGGCGAGAUUCGCGAGUCUCGAUCGCAGCUCACUCUCGGUCAGCGGUCACCGUCAUCGCCGGAAUAUGAGUCCGGGUUGCGCCGUGCAAGCAACGUUCCGAGAACUCAAUCACGGAGCCCCAUUUCGGGAGACG